AGCCAAGCCCGGCCCCUUCUCAGCCCAGGCACACAGAGAGAAGACUAGCCCAGCCAGCUUCCCCCUCCCUCUCUAUCCCCUUAGAGGGGCUGGCUCAGGAGGGCAUGGGGCUCGCCGAGGCGGGGCUAGCCAGCCAAAGGCAAGUCAACCGCGGCGGCCUGGUUGACAGCAGGAACAUGAAGAGACGGCCCUGCGCCGUUGUCUGCAGCUGCCGCCGCCGCCUCCUGGCUCUGGCACCAGCACCAGCCACCAAAUAUAGCCCCGAGGAAGAGGACACAUAAUGGGCGGCGGGGAAACCGGGCUUUAACAGACCGCCGGCCAACUCGGGCGGGCUUGGCCACAGCGGGGCACUUUAAUGCUUCGUUUCUGCCCCUCUCUUGAGGCGCCUGCAGAAAGCAGGGGAAAGCUUGGGCUUCUCCCCCUCAUCGCUCUGACACACCAGCCGGCGAAGGAAAGAGCACGGAAGAAGAAAUAGGAGGAGGCUUCUCUCUCUCCCCACCUGCCCCAUCUCGAAGUGGGGCUCCCACCCCAGGGUGCCGCUGAGAACCCUUUCCCUGCCUCCCUGCCCACCUUCGCCUGCUCCACAUUUCCGCCUCAGUUCCUGCCAUAUGUGUUUUAGCAGCCGCAACGGGGCGAGAGGAGAGGUAGAAAGCUGAGGGGCUCCGCUGCCGCCUCCCCUGCUCCUUCCCCGCCCCGAAAAAAAUGGGCCCGGGGCUGGUCCUAGCGGUCCACGCCUGAAGGGAGGGUCCCCGAAGCUCCUCCCGCCGUGCUAGAAGUGCCUCCUCGGCGCUCGCACUUCGCGAGCAGGAGAUGGAUGGGACUGAGCUGGAUGGCGGCAGCAGCGCAGAAGUGCCUCAGCAAUGCUGCCAGGCGGAUGCUGGUGCUGUUGGUGAACCAGCAGGCAAGGAAGCACCACUACCAGCGACCAUGGAAGAGCCCACUGGGGAGGCUCCCGCCCCAGCGGGCACUGCUGCUACCUGGACUUCCAGUGCUGUCGCCCCCAACACAGCCCAGCAGGAGCUGAAGAAGCAGCAGCAAGGUGUCAAGAGGCACCACCACAAGCACAACCUGAAGCAUCGCUAUGAGCUGCAAGAAACUCUGGGCAAGGGUACCUAUGGCAAAGUCAAGAGGGCCAUCGAGAGGUUUUCUGGCAGAGUGGUUGCAAUAAAAUCCAUCCGUAAGGACAAAAUUAAGGAUGAACAAGAUAUGGUUCACAUCAGACGGGAGAUUGAGAUCAUGUCAUCUCUCAGCCAUCCUCAUAUCAUCACUAUAUAUGAAGUGUUUGAGAACAAAGAUAAAAUUGUGAUCAUCAUGGAGUAUGCAAGCAAAGGGGAAUUGUAUGAUUAUAUCAGUGAGAGACGAAGGCUGAAUGAGCGGGAGACAAGACACUUCUUCCGGCAAAUAGUGUCUGCUGUGCAUUACUGCCACAAGAAUGGUGUUGUCCAUAGGGAUCUAAAACUGGAAAAUAUUCUUCUUGAUGACAACUGUAAUAUUAAGAUUGCAGACUUUGGGCUUUCAAAUCUUUAUCAGAAAGACAAAUUUCUCCAGACUUUCUGUGGAAGCCCACUCUACGCAUCUCCAGAAAUUGUCAAUGGAAGACCUUACCGAGGCCCAGAGGUUGACAGCUGGGCCCUUGGUGUAUUACUUUACACUCUGGUUUAUGGAACAAUGCCCUUUGAUGGCUUUGAUCACAAAAAUCUAAUCAGGCAGAUCAGCAGUGGAGAAUAUCGUGAGCCAACACAGCCCUCAGAUGCUCGUGGUCUUAUCAGAUGGAUGCUGAUGGUGAAUCCUGAGCGCAGAGCAACCAUUGAAGACAUAGCCAACCACUGGUGGGUUAACUGGGGCUACAAGAGCAGUGUUUGUGAUUGUGAUGCCCUGCAAGACUCUGAGUCCCCCCUGCUGUCUCGGUUCAUAGACUGGCAUCAUCGUUCUAGUGGCUUGCAGCCAGAGACUGAUACCAAAAUGAAGUGCCUUUCCAAACCAAAAGGAUCUGAAGUCACUCUAGAGAGACAGAGAUCCCUGAAAAAAUCAAAGAAGGAAAAUGACAUUGCACAGUCUAUCCAGGAAGGAGGAGUUGAAAAUGCAUGCAAACUAAACUCCAAGAGGCCAAAAGGCAUCUUGAAGAAAAGGAGCAAUAGUGAACAUCGAUCUCAUAGUGCAGGAUUUAUAGAAGGAGUAGUGAAUCCAGUAUUACCCACAACUUUUAAAACAGAGCAGGAGUUAUGCAGGACAGGCAUGUCUAGUAAGAAUGUUGUGGAGGGGGAGGUAACGGGUAAAUACAGCACUAAGCAGUCUUUCUUAAUGCCAAAAAAAGGAAUCCUUAAGAAGACCCAGCAAAGAGAAUCUGGCUACUACUCAUCUCCAGAACGGAGUGAAUCUUCAGAACUCUUGGAUAAUAACGAGGAGGCAGGAAACAGUGACACAUCCCCAGGCAUAAUUGAAACAUUAAGGAUAGAGUCUCACAGCCAUUCCUACAGGCGCAAAGGCAUUUUAAAACAUAGUAGCAAGUAUUCCACCAGUAGUACGGAUUCAGCUUUGAUCAGCCCUGACACACCAAUGCUGGACGCCAUGGCAGAACCAGUCCUGCCUGGAGACGGAUUAUCUCGAAGUUACAGCCGCCCUUCCAGUGUGAUUAGUGAUGAUAGCAUCCUGUCCAGUGACUCUUUUGACUUGGUGGAUUUGCAAGAGAACAGGCUUCGAAUAAGGAGCUGUGUAUCUGCUGAAAACUUCCUCCAGAUCCAAGAUUUCCAAGGACUCCAAAACCGCUCACGGCCACAGUACCUGAAGCGUUAUCGGAAUCGGACAGGCGACAGCAGUUUUUCUCUGCUUACAGAUAUGGAUGAUGUCACUCAGGUCUACAAGAAAGCUCUGGAGAUCUGUAACAAAUUUAACUAGUAGAGGGGAGAUAGCAGGGCUGGAAGGAAAGGGUCUUGGGUACCUUUAUGAUGGAGUUGGCCCAAUAUCAAUUUGCUGACAGUGGUAGCAUUAUUGAACAGACAGACUGAGCAAAAAUACUGAAGUUAUGUUGAGGAAAAAAUCAUUCUCAUGCUCAUUAUGCAACCUUAUAGCUCAUUCAUUCAAAAUACUACCUAAUAUCCAAAGAAGUUACAAUGAUGUAUGAAGCAAAACCUCUGAAAUCUGGCAGACAGAAAAGGAUCAUAUUCCAGUGGCUGUAAGUUGAAGUUAGACAAAAUGUAAACUGGAAAAAGGGUACAUAUAUUUAUAUUAGAGAAGGUAACUAUCCACUGGAAAAGCUAUAAUGCUAAAAGUAAAAAAAGAUUUUUAAAGAAAGUCAGCUGUUAAGUAUAAGAAAUCAUUUGCAGGUGGAUUUGUCAGUGUCCAUAUGCCCUGAUUCAGAUAUACACACAUGCAGAAAAGGGUGCCUGCUGUAUAUACUGAUGCAAGCAUACUUGCCCAACCAGUGAUUGGCACUGCUGCUUAUCAGCUGAUAGUGUCAUCUUGUGAAAUGUUUUUUGUAAUUUGAGUGGUAAGAUUUUUUUAUAUAUAAAAUAUAAUAUAGGUAGAGAUAGCAAUGUAGUAAAAGGAUGUAGUAAAAAGAGAAAGAGUUGGGGGUAAAGAAGAUGAUGUCUUUUUCCAAGGGGGGAGGGAAAGCAAGCAGGAGCUCUGGAAAUCUGUAUCUCCACUAUUGGGCCAUAGAAUAUGGUAUCUAAUUUGACAGAAAGUGGCAGUUUCAGCAGAAUCAAACAACACCAUUAUGGAAUUCUUGUUUGCAGAGGAAAACAUGAAAAUGUGUUGGCAUUGUUUAUUUAAUCUUCAAUACAUCAGUUAUUUUUCACAUGACCACCAUGUUGUAGAUAUAAUCCAGAGAAAGUUAGGAGUGCUUUCCCCUUGAAACUGAUGGAACAUUGUUGUGCAGUUAAACAUUUGUGUCCCACUGUUUUCAGUGUGACUCUGGCAUGUCUUAAUUUAUCUGAAUUGGACUGCAUUCCAUGCCUUCCUUCCCUUACAUUUCUCCUAACUUCUACAGCCCCUGCUAAGCAGAUACAGUAAGAUGGAUCAGACCCAAAGAAAAAGGGUUAGUUCCUACAGAACUGAGAUACAUUGGAAGAAAUUAAGAAACAGGUCUAGACAAUAGGUGGUAUCCAGUGCUAGUCCUACUCAGCGUAGACCCAUUGAAGUUAACAGACAUGACUACAUUAGAUUCAUUAAUUUCAAUGGGUCUUCUCGGUGUAGGAUUUAGCUGAACACAGCUCACAGGGUUAAAUGUAGUAGAACAAGCCAGUGUAAAACAUCUUACCAGAAGAUGGAAUUGAUAAUCCAAAUCCAUUUUAAAACAAGAUAUCAACAUCAAGCAUACUGAGCUGAAUAAGCUACUUGCCACUAGGCUCUCCAUGUACCCUUACGUAUGUAUGUAUGGCUACUGGGAAACUAGAAUGAAUCGUGACAGGGUGUAAGCAAGUUUUAAUGCAUUGAAGUAUCUUCUCAUUAAAGGAAAAAGAAAUUGUACCGGGGGCACUUGUGCAUCUAUGCAAACUGUGUGAACCAUGAAGAUCAACAAAAUUUAUGAUACCAUAAUUUUUCUUAUGUACACAGAUGUAAUAGAAUUUUAGUUUGAUUGACUGCAGAAUUUGAGUUUUGUGGAUGCAGACGUUGAGAAUUUUACCACAGAAUUCCAGAGCCCUUGUCAGUAUAAUGUAGUGGGGGAACAGAAAGAAUAUGGCUUAUGAGUAGGAAGAAGGUAAUAAGAUAGUAGACUUGAUGAGGGAUUCACCUUAAGAAUGUGUAUGUAUUUUGCAUGAUACGGCAUGGCCAGUGGAGUCAAAUUGGAGAAGACAAAAAUGUUACGUCUGAUGGGCAUAACGUUAAGGAUAGCUAACUUAUGGCUAGCCAGAUAUUGUUGGACGUCAGUACCCAUCAGCCCCAGCCAGAAUGGCCAGUAGUCAGGGUUAAUGGGAGUUAAUCAUUCAACAGCAAAUGAAGGGCCACAGGUUAGCCACCCUGAGUUAAAGGCUUUAACUCCCAUAAAGGUACCGCUUGGGUCUACUGGAUUAUGUGAAUGUAAGCCUCUUUUAAAUAGGCACUAUGUGUUUGACAGGCCUGGGCAAUUCAGAAUUACUUUUGGUCACAGUUAUUCCAAUAAGCAGCUCUUAGUUUGAAUAGAGUUGCAUUACUAUAUUAGCUUACAGCAUUAAAUUGUUUGCAGCUUUAAAAGAAAGUCAACACUCGCAUAUAACUACAGGGAAUAGGGCAAGAUUCUGUUCCUGUGUUUAACCAGUGCCAACUUCAUGAUUUGAGCUGAAAGCAGAAUUUGACCUAUCCUAACUCGGGGCUCCAAAUGUCACAGGGAACUAGUGCCAAACUCAAGAAAUACCAGAAUUUUAAAAAAUGGAAAUACCUGAGCUUGGAAGUAAGUGCAGUUUUAAAUUUCUCAUAAUUAUGCCCAAACUGCCUAUUUUGGGUAAGAACACCUUCACUAUACAAUCAGAUGGGUGAAUUAAUUAGUUCCAGUUUCCCAAAAUGUUGCUCUAACUCUUCAGGAUAGUUGUAUCUCUCCACAAGGCACUAGUCAAAAUAAUGCUGAAUCCUCACAAAAUCUAUGUAACCACGCUACUAAACAUGAGGAUGGAAUUCCACACACACACAUGGCUGAGAAAAGAUUCCCUGUAUACAGUUUGAUAUCUGUCACAGUAUGAAGACAACAAAGAUACCCUCUUUGGAGUUGCAGCUCUAAUAUGCCAUGUGCUGUGUGCAGCCCCAAAUCCUAAAGCAUUUUUACUCAGAAGUAAGCAUCUUAAGUAAGUGAGUAUAGAAUUGCAGCCUUUGAAGAAAACAGAUGUCUAAAAGAUUUGCUGUGCCUUUUUUGAAACAGUAGUUCAGUAAUUUGGAUAAACUUUCCAUUAGCAUGAAGAUCAUGUUUUGAUCCAGGUGCAUAAACCUUGCUCCAUUGGCUGGUGUGACAGGACUGGUCUCAGUUGUCCUAAUGGAGUUUGAUUUCAGUGGAACAAUACUAACUUACACUGCCUGCCCAUCUGGCUCAAUUAAAUGUUUAAUUGAUGUAUGUAGUAAAGAAAAGGGAACUCUAAACUGCUCCUGGGAGGAACUAAGAAUUGCACUUACAUCUGAGUUCUACCUAGGCCAGGGGUGGGGAACCUGUGGCCCUGCAGAUGUUGUUGGAUUACAGCUCCCAUCAUCCCUGUCCAUUGGCCAUGCUGGCUGGGGCUGAUGCGAGUUGGAGUCAAAAACAUCUGGAGGGCUACAGGUUCCUCCCUCCUGCCCUAGGCUGUUGCCCAGGCCUGCCAUUUUAUGUACAAAUGUGAAUGAUUGAUUGAUUGCUGCCAAACUGGAAAAUGUUCUGUAGGGACUUACUGGCAUGUUAUCAUUCCUAGAAGAAGCAGAACACUUGACUGCACAUUGUUAUUAUUAGUGUUGUGUAUUUUCUUUUCUUAUUUAAUUUGGGAUGUUCUCUUUUUUUUAUAUUUCAAAGUUGACUUUUUAUUUGAAUUUGUCUUUUUUAAUUUAUUGGUCUGAAAGCCAUUUCAAAGGUAUAAUAAUAUAUUUUGGUGUAAUUUAAUUGGUUCAGCAUUAUUUUACAGCUCUGGCCAAAAUGUUACCUUUAAGAAUAAUAAUUUGUUUUUCUUUUGCUCAUUGUUUGGUUUUAUCUCUAUGAGGCAGGGGAAAAAGCUGGAUAAUCACCCAAAGUGUUUGUAUUUUUAAUCUGAUACUGUCUUUUUUAUUAAAUAAAAAGUCAAUAAAAUGUGAA